GUACAUUAUGUUGCCCGAAGAAAAACAUAUUAGGAAAGUGAUCAAAGGAUGUUUAGAACUGGGAGUACAAGUCUCCGAGGAACUUGCACAUGUAUUUUUUAAAUGUUGGUCAUUAAAUUCCAAUGUGAAGAAUUUACAAAAACAAACGUUAAAAGUUGCAAUGGACAAAGUUAUAGACCAAUGUAUUCAGCGCUUAUCUGAUUACAAGGACCCAGCUAUAUUAUGCAUUAAAAUGCAAUUACUAAUAGAGAACGACUAUAAAAAUAUAGGAUUUAUCAUCAAUAAAGCCAGUGAAGAAAAUGAUCAAAAAAUUAAACCCUUAUUGAACGACAUUCUAGAUAACAUAGACCACAUAGGCAGCAAAAUGAGUGCAUUCAAUCAAAAAUUUAUACAGUACAUUAUUUUAUCCAACUAUAUGGGAGAUCCGACUUCACCGAUACGUGUUCAGGAAAUUUCUGAUACAUUAAAUAACGUAUUAAAUCAAACAAAAUUAUCAGAAUUUGAAAACCAAUUAUCAUCUUUAAAAACAAAUCAAUUGAAAGAAAUAUCAAACAUGGUAUGUGGCAUUUGGCUUUACAACAUAGAUCGUAAAGAUAUAAGAGAAGAAACAUUGGAUAUGAUAAAUACACUUCCUGAUGCCGUUGAUUUGCUUCUACAAAAUAUUGAUCAGGAGUCAAGAGAUAGUUCUAAGAAAGUGACAUUGAUAACUUCAUGGAUAUUUCAAUACUAUAAAGUGUACAAUGACAUUCUAGCUCCGAUAUUUGUUAUACGAAUAAAUUUAGCAACUGUUACAUUAAAAAAAUUAAACGAUUAUAAAGCUGUAUUAGUAUUUUAUCUACAGUACCAAAAAAAUUUAGAAACUAUCAAAAAUGAUUUAAAUAAAUUAAAAAUUGAAUUGCCAGCAUUACUCGAUAAAUUUUACAUCACAUUGAAAGAAAUUAAAAAUACAAAUGCACAUGCUGAUACAAUUUGCCCGGAAUUCAAAACUUUAUCAGUUAUUUGGAGUGAUAUUAGAGGGAUUAUGAAUUAUUUGGGUAUUACAUGUAGUUUAAUACUCACCAUGAAGCAAAUGACAAAUGAAUUAAUUAACAUAAAUGAAGAUUUCGAGAGUAUGCCAAUCAUAAAUACAAUUCUAACCAAUAAUGAAGAACUGUAUACAAUUAUUGAGACAUAUCCAUUACAUCCCAUGUGUGAAUGGUAUCCACCUACAACCAGUACAGAAGGAAGGAACUUUUUUGCAGACGGAUAUUGUGUGGUAAUGUUAGUUGAAACCGAAGGAACUUUAAUUAAACAUGACAAAGAUUUAGGGGUAAUACAGUACUCUGAUGAAUGGUUUGGCUUUUCAAGUAUUCAAGCAGUAUUACAUUUUGGUACCAAACCAACAUACUAUAUGAACCACUUUUUCAACUUAUUGAGGUCUAAGACACAUCUAUUAUCAUUUUUUCACUUAUACGAACAAAUGGCAGAAAUGCAUCAAAAUAUCAACGAUAUGUAAGAAGUACAUUGUAUUAUCUCCAUACAAAUAUAUAUUUAUAAUUUAUAUAUGUAUAGAGCGAGUGAAAAGGACAAGUACAAGGAUGCACAAGUGCAAACAGCACUUUAUCUACACAACACAGGUUUAAUAAACAAUAUCACUCAUGACUC